AUGGUUAACAGCCUAGUGAACUGCUUGUUGUGGCUGAUCAUCAGCUGCACAAGGUUUGGCCUCACUAAUUCCCAGCGCUUUUCUUGUGUGUGCGAUCCUCCAAACCAUCUCUGCCCGUCAGCUCCAUUACUGCAGGUAUACUUGCAGCACGAAAAGUUCUGUACGCGGUUCUACAAGUGUACCGAUGGACGCGCAGUCGAGUUCCAGUGUCCGUACGGGCUGUACUUUGACGUGCGAAAUGCGACAUGCAGCAACGACUUUACUUUGUGCUACCGAGCGGAUCCUUGCCUGCAGUUUGUCAGCGACUGCCGAUGCUGCGUGAAACAGUUUGACAACACAGGAUUGGCUCCGCAAAACUUCUACGUGUGCUACAACGAUGGCUACGCUUUGGCGCAAACAUGUCCGUUGGCGUUCGAUCCCUGUACGAAUACAACGAUUCAGUUGGAGUUUAUCAAUCAAAAGUGUGAGGUGCCACCUGUCUCAUAA